AUGAUGCAUCCCGCGGCGGAAAACAAGGAUGCAGACCCCAUGCAGCAACACUACGACCCAGCAAACUCGGCCAAGGACCCCUCCCAUCUUUCCGCUCCCUCCAUGGACCUCGUAGCUUCCUCCGAGAUAGCCGCUAGAGAUUCUGAUCCACCAGGAAAUCACAAGAGCUUCUUUCGCGGAGUUCAAUGGACUCCUGACGGCACAACACUCAUCGCUUCAACGUCCGACAACCGGCUGUCGGCCUACGUACUGCCGGCAGAUCUCCUUGACCCCAACGGCCGGCCCCGGACGUUGACGCCGCAGGGGCAACUGCGUCUACCGGAACCCUUCUACUCGGCAGCUGUCUCGCCCUACUUCUCUUUGGCCGACCCGCAAACCCAGCUUGCACUUCUCGGCUGCAAAGACCACCCUAUCCAGCUCUACCACGUCUUUGCAGACUCUCAGUCUUCGCCUCCGCUAUGCUCCUACAAGCUUAUCCGACGGGAGACAGAAGAGUACAUCUGCCCUGAGUCCCUCUUGUGGUCCUGGCCUGGGACCCAUUUCCUAGCCGGCUCGACAAAUCGCCUCGACCACUUUGACGUAUCACGGACUGGCUCUGAUGGUCCCAUCUUGACCAUCCCUACCAUCCCUUCCAAGCGGCAUCUCCUCAAAGGUGGCGGCGUUGGCAUGAAGGGAAUGGUCUCUGCGCUGUCAAGCCAACACCCGGAUGAGUCUGGCGCUUGUAUCGUCGCCGCUGGCACCUGGUCCCGUUGGAUGGGUCUCUACGACGUGACUCGGACAAACAAGGCCGUUGCGAACUGGAGCAUCCAAGGCGUUGACAGGUCUCACUUCGGCCGAGACAUCGGGGGAAACGGCAUUGUUCAAACCAUAUGGAGCCCAUGUGGACGCUAUCUAGCCAUCAACGAGCGACAGGCAAACGGCAUUCUCGUCUACGAUGUGCGUGGGACAGGCCAGCCUCUGAGCGUCCUAGUGGGCCGAACCACCAACAGCCAACAAAGGCUGGCCUGCGACGUCUUCCCUGGUACUGGUGGAUCGUCCGGUGGUUUCGAGCUAUGGGCGGGAACAGAGACUGGCCAAGUCCUCGUCUAUGAAGGCGUUGGCUGCACAGAGGGCGUUCAUGACAAGUCAUGGGACUGGGCUGCCCAUCAAUCACCCGUCGGGAGCUCAGGGGUCCACCCCACAGGAUCGGUAAUCGCCACUUGCUCUGGCGGAUGGUCCAGCCAUGGGGAUGAGGAAUUGGACAAUGGCCUGGGUGUCGCGGGUAACGACGGCCAGCCCCGCCUGGCAUCGACAUGCAUCAGCUCCGAAUCAUCACUCAAAGUCUGGACCUUGGCUCAAGGUCCAAUGGAACAUCCAGCCGAUGGCUUCGAGGCAUCGUGA